AUGAAACUUCCAACAACCUCAGCAGCGGCGGUAAUGACACCACGUCAACAAGAGUCUUCGCGUUCACUUGCACGACGACAAGCAACCAGAAGCCGUCCUAACAUCUCGAUUCCUCUAUUUCUAUUUGUUGUCGUUUUAUUCCUUCUCUCGCUGGCCCAGCCAGCUGCGGCUAUCAAGUUCAAGCUAAUCGCGGACCGCUACCCAAAGGCAAAAUGUAUAUGGAAUACGGCCCACGAAAAUGCACUCAUCAUUGUCACAGCCAAUGUCGGUCCAGGCGCGUCACAGCGGGUUGACAUCGAGAUCAUCGACUCUUCGGCUCGCAGAAACGUCUAUCUCUCGAAACGGAACGUGAACGGCGAAACUAGACUCGCCGUGACAGCUCACGCAGAAGGAGACGUGGGUGUGUGUUUCAAGAAUCAUCUUGAUCUAGGAGUUACACAGACCGACACUGGAAAGUACAACCGAAUUAUCGACCUGGAUGUGGAUAUCGGCGCCGACGCAGUCGACUACAAUGCUAUUGCUGCCAAGGAGUCUUUGUCAGGUCUGGAAACGGAGAUGCGCAAGCUUGAAGGAUUGGUCAAGGAGAUUGUAGACGAAAUGUCCUACCUCAAGUCACGCGAGCAACGAUUUCAGAGCACAAACCAGUCGACGAAUGUACGGGUGCAAAACUUUGCGCUCUUUACGUUCUGUGCGCUCGUCGCACUGGGUAUCUGGCAGAUAUUCCACCUACGUGCCUUUUUCAAACGAAAGUAUCUCAUCGAUUAG